GGGGGAUCGUAAAGGCCGCUUGUUGGCGCUCUUAUGAAAUAUUGGCGCUCUUUUCAAAGGUGCGCGUUGUGGUUCGAAGCAUAACUCAUGGACCCGGCGUGUCAUGGUGGGAACGUUUAUUGCUUGAUAAUGCGUGGUCGCUUUUCGCUACCAAAUGGGCGAAUUUAUUCACACUGGCUUUCCUAUCCUGUGCGCUCACCUACAGAUAAUCCUGGAUUUCCAUUGCGACACGAAAUGCUAUUCGUGGAAAGAGAAGUUCGUAGAGAUUGCCCACUACGACUGGGGGGAGUUGUCUCUCCUCUCGUCUGGAUUUGCCAACAACGUCUUCUGUACUUACUGCUGCGCUAUUUCAACUCUUGUGACCCUGCUUUAGUGGGAGCUGAACUCGCCUCACGUGCCAUAUCCAGCACAGUCGCUAUGGAUCGGUGGUUGCAUAAUUCUCUGCACAAUGCCCGAUGGCCAUCCAAUCGGGGGCAGGUGUUGGUAGCGGGUUUGUGUAUGCAAUUGCGCUUCGACACGCGAUCUGCCAUCAUAUUGCGAAAUUGCACUACUUCACUGGACCUGCGCUUUUAUCGGCUGGUUUCGAAUGAUUUGGUGACUUGUCUUACCACCUGUUGGUCUUUUUUGACGGAGCUCAAAUUAAAUGGACAUCACCAUGGCCAGUUGUCCGUGCAAACGGUGGCGGGAUUACACUAUCUAGAAAAUCUUCGCUCACUCUUUUUGGAUGGACUUCAGGCGGUUUGUGAUGAGAACAUUUGUGAUAUCCUCGGUGAGUCCCGACUUGAACCAAACACCCUAACUUUGAAUAUUUGCCAGGUGUAG